UUCGGUUUGACAACAACAGAUGUUGGAUGAGAUGUGACCGAGUCCCGGUCAUACACACACGCUCACGCACACUGACACACAGCAUCUCGCUCUCGCUCUCUCUCUCUCUCUCUCUCCACAUCUCGCACGGUUGUCCGGUAAAGGUGUCGCGUGCAGUCCCUGUCCUACGCGGGGAUAAAACGCAUUCACCACCAAGGACAGGACAGGACAGGUGAGGUGAGGAAUCCACUACAUCCGUCAUCACAUCAUACAGGUUCGUGUGUGGUGCAUGUGCGUGUGCGCGCGAUGUGUUUGUGCAUGUUAGUGACGGUUAUCUGUUUUAUUGAUCACGUGACCGAUCUGUCCUCACGCGCGUCCCUCGCUCUGUCUAUAUAUACGCUAAUGUAUUGUGCUAAUUAGGCAAGACGUAAGCUUGACAACUUUGAGGGAGGAAAAAAAAAAAAACCCCGAAACUAAACAAAAUCCCAAUCUUUUUGUUCGACCUGUUACAACUAUUAAUGGAUGAAUGAAAUUCGUUUGGUGUUUCUGAGUCCCGGCGAAAAUAAAACAACAAUAACUGGCUGAGGCGGUUUAUCGUUUCACCUUGUGAAUAAAAGGUUGAUGGAUCCAGCGCAGCCUGGCCAAAGCUGCUCGUUCCUGAUGCAGUCCACAGGAGCACAGAGGCUUAGCCCAUCUUCAGUUCCCAUCCUGCCCCCUCCGGCUUCAGUCUUAAACCCUCCAGCACUCAGCACUGCCAAGACAUCAGAUACGUCCCUGCAGGAACGUGGAGGCCCAGCGUCCACCUCUGUAGUGUCCGGCUCUGUUAGCAUCAGCCGACCCAGGCCUUCUGCCAAAUCUGGGGUAAAAUCCCCCAGAACCGUGGACCCUCCUGCCAUUUUACCUAUUAUUCCAGCGACAAGAUCUACAUCUCAGUCUCCUACGGAGUCACUACAAGGACGCCGCAGCCCACAGAGCUUGCAAAAUUCCCAACUCAGCCCCAAAGAUGCUCAGCUCAGUCCAAAUGCUCCACUUAGUCCAAUUCACACCCAGCGCAGCCCCAGCACCAAGCCCAACUCGUUAAAUUUCCCUAGUCCUUCUGUACAACCUGGUCGGAGUGCAAAUACACACUCGAGUCUCCUUCCUAAACCAAACCUUAACGCUCAGUCCAUCCCUAUCCCACAAACCAAUCUCCAGAGCCAAACUCCAGAGCCGAUCAUCAUAAGUCCUGGCACUGCAGAAAAAGCUCCUCACAAGAAGCCCUCCAAUGAUGAUGGAGAUUUUAGGGUUCACAUCGUCACGUGGAACGUCGGCUCAGCGAUGCCACCUGAUGACAUCAGCAGCCUUUUCAGCCCAGGAGUCAGUGAUGGGAGCACAGACAUGUUUAUCGUUGGGCUACAAGAGGUCAACUCUAUGAUCAAUAAGAGGCUGAAGGAUGCUCUUUUCGUAGACCAGUGGAGUGAGCUGUGCAUGGACACACUCGGCCGCUUCGGUUACGUGCUGGUGGCGUCUCAGAGGAUGCAGGGGGUUUUGCUGCUGGUUUUCUCCAAGUUUUGCCACUUGCCGUUCCUGCGUGGGAUUCAGACCCAAAGCACACGAACCGGCCUCGGCGGCUGCUGGGGAAAUAAGGGUGGGGUAAGUGUGAGGAUGAUGAUGUACGGUCACCCCGUGUGCUUUCUAAACUGCCACCUGCCGGCUCACAUGCGGAACCUGGAGCAGCGCAUCGAGGACUUUGAGAGCAUCCUGCAGCAGCAGCAGUUCGAAGGCGGAGCUGCCGUGGGCGUGCUGGAUCACGAUGUCGUGUUCUGGUUCGGUGACCUGAACUUUCGCAUUGAUGACUACGAUAUCCACGUGGUGAAAAGUGCAAUAGAGAACAAUAAACUGUAUGUGCUCUGGGAGAAAGAUCAGCUCAACAUAGCGAAGAAAAGCGAGUCUGUGAUGGAUGACUUUGUGGAAGGCCCUCUGAAUUUCCCACCGACCUACAAGUUUGAUGUGGGAACACACACCUAUGACACAAGCACUAAGAAGAGGAAACCUGCUUGGACAGACCGAAUCCUGUGGCGUCUCCGCAGGACGGGUUCCCCCGUGCCGUCCCACAACUCGGCGCUGCAGCGAGGUCUUACCUCGUGGCUUGGUGGGGCCACACGGGUCACGCAGAGCUUUUACCGCAGUCACAUGGGCUACACCGUUAGCGACCACAAACCUGUCUCUGCUCUUUUCUCUCUGCAUUUUCCCUUUAAGCUGGAUAUACCAUUAGUCGAGCUUGAGGUGGAAAAGGAGUGGACCAAAGUGUCGGAUGCGACAGCUAAGUUUACUAUAGCAUCGGGUUUCCAGAGAAGUUCCUGGGACUGGGUGGGAUUGUACAAGGUGGGAUUCAAACACCACAAGGACUAUGCAGCCUAUGUCUGGGCCAAAUCAGACCAUUCUACUCAGGUGACUUUUCCAGAAGAGGAUUUGCCUAGAGACGCAGGAGAAUACGUGCUGGGGUACUACAGCCACAACAUGAACAGCAUUGUGGGAAUCACAGAGCCGUUCCAGGUUCAGUUACCUGUCUGUUCCCCUCCUGCUCGGCCGUGUCCGUCCCACUCGGACAGCUCGGAUGCGAGCUCAGAGGACGACAGCACUCUGGUCCUGCUGGCUUCCAGCUCGCGUAGUCCGAGUCCCAGGACACGCUCCAAUAAACGCCAGCAACAUAGUCACCAUCGCAGUCACAGCCCGGCUGUACCCGCUCUUCAGUCCCUCAGUCUGAAACCCAGAGACUCGUCCGUUUCACCCCGCCAGGCCCCGAACACCAAGAAGGAGCGUCUGUUUUCCCCUGAGUCACCCUCACCCUCUCUUAGUCCUCUGAGCCCCGCCAAUGGCAUCACUGUCCCCGAAGCACUCGUUGCCGCCAUCCUGGGGGAACACAGACCACCUCAGGGCCAGAUCCCAGCCAAGAGUGGCGACUCUAACCGAUGACCACACAUCUGCUCUCCAAGACUUGUAGAAUGCUAAUACACGUGUGAGAGUCAUGGUUUUUAGACGUAGCUCGGACCUGUUUCUGUGUCGCCCUGCAGUCUGUUUUCUGCACAUUCAUCUCUUCAAAUCGGUGCCGGUUCGAGCCUUGCUAUUGGGUCUCCUUCUGUUAUUACAAUCUGCUGUGCUCUUGAGCUUUUUGAGUGUAGGUAGCUAGCUUGUUAUCUUGCUAAUGUCUGGAGACCACUACCAGACGUUUAUGAUGAGAGCUAACCUGCUAACAUGUCAUAAAGUUUAUUAGCUAGCUUGCUGUUGAGCAUCAAACUCAUCUGCUCUAACUCGUCGCGUACCUCCGAUUGUAGUUUCUCAAGCUAGCUAGCUAUUUUGCCAGCUACUUUUCUGAAUACUGAGCUACUGUUAGCGUCCACUCUUCAGACACGAAAGUAAGCUAAACUAAGCAGCUAGCAGCAACUAGCAAGACUUAGUGCUUUCAAAUGUUUAGCAACGGCAAACGUCUCUUUGUGGCCGGUGGACAGAGUGCUAGGUCCGUGUUUAUCUUGGCAAAUUGUUUCAGCGAUCCAAGCGUGGCAGUUGUUAUAGAACAGUUCUAGGCUGUUUAUCUUUAAAUAUGUGCUAACUGUAGUGAUCAACAUACUUUUGUUUGUGUAUCAAAUAUUAACAUGUUCUUCCAUCAGCAUAUGAGAUUUUUUGUUACCCAUGUGAUAAAAAGAGACGGAGUUCACAUCACCUCCACAUCAGCACAUGUACUGUACGGACUGGUGUAAAUUAGCCGACAGUAGUUUCUACAGAGUUCAUUAGUCUUAGGUAUUCUCUUGAGGUCAUUCCGAAAAAGUGCAUUCUCCUAUAUAUAUCUGCUAAUUUCCAUCUUUUCCUUGUCGGUGAUUAAAAGAGUAAUAACAGCAUCACACUUCCCUAUAGAAACUAUAUACACAGUCAGGUCCAUAAGUAUUUGGACAGUGGCACAAUGCCUCUGUACACCACCACAGUGGAUUUAAAAUCAAGAUGUGAUUGAAGUGUAGACUUUCAGCUUUAAUUCAAGGGCUUUAACAGAAAUAUUUAGGAAUUCCAGCCAUUUUCACAGGCUCGAAAGUAAUCGGACAAACUAUCAAUCAUAAACAUUAGGAAUAUUUUUAAUACUCGGACGCAAAUCCUUUGCAGCCAAUGAACCAAAUGCUGAGGUUCCUCCCGUGAGAUGGUUUGCUUUGCCUUUACUGCGACCACGUUCAGAAGCCGCUUGUUUGUGGGUCUUUCCUUCAGUGUUGUCUUCAGUAAGAGAAAAGCAGCUCAGUUGGGUUGGGAGGUCAUCGUACAUUUAAGUACUAAACUAAACUAAGCCAUUAUUCGGCAUGAGCACCCUUUAAAAAUUCGCCUUUAAAAAUUCAUCGGUAGCCUCGGGUAAACUUCGUAGUAUUUUCGGAGAAUGUUUGCGGAUACGUUUUUCUUGUUGUCUUCUGAAGACUUUGUCGCACUUGCUUCUGUUUUUAAUAGAUAGAUAGAUAGAUAUAGACUUCAGCAAAACUGUAUACGAUUGACUGCACUAGCAGGCUUCAGUUACUAUAUUCAUGCAGUCACAUGGUAGGUGUAACGGUCGAGGUCUGGGUAUGUUAUAGCUGACUAAUUUAAUAAUUUAAAGUUGACUCACUGUGACAGUUGUGACAAACAUAUGACGUCAGUUUUUUUUUUCCUCUGACGUGGACUUUUCUGCUAACGUUGUCAUUUUAACAUUGAUUUUGUAAUCAGAAUUGAUGAGAUUCUGUGUUUUUUUUUUUGUGCACUGUACAUGAUUUGCCAAGAUACACACAGGCCAUUUCAGUUUAAACACCAAUUCACACCAGAGGCAUUUCUAAAGUACAUUUUUGCUCGCAAGUGAGACAGCCAAUGCUUGUUUGACACACCUUCUCUCUUUUUCCUUUCUGUCACUCAUAUUGGUGCAUAAAUGAAGCAUGUGCACCACAGAAAUCAGCCGAACACACCCGAUCACUUUUUCUAAAUGUUAAUGCUGGGGAAUUUAAUUUUAAAUAAUAAUCCACAAAGAUAUCUUGACUGUGCAUCGUGUAGUUUCAUAGCAAAGUGUUUUACUCAUAGAUAACUAAAUCGUUUGUUCAGUGUACCACGGUCUUAUGUGACGUGUUUAGAAAUUUUUCUGCGCAUAUCAUCCAUCUUUUUCUGACACCUGUAGAUUUCGCCGUUCGUUUUCUUGAUAAAAACGCCUGCCGUCCUUCGAGCUAGUAGUGCUGUGGAUAGGACAGGCUAACACUAGCUCUGUAUGGACGAGAAAAAAAAAAUCAGACGCUAAUAGUGCUGUGAGCUUUGUUCAUUCUCGCUCAGUAAUCUACUCAUGCCUUGUGAUCAUAUGCAGAAUUUUUGUGAUUUCUUUUCGACCCACCUAAUGCAGGAGAAUCUGAAUCUGAACAUUCACAUCAUGUUGUUGGUGUAGGAGAAAAAAAAAAAAAGCCACAAAGCCAUAAUCUACAGGAUGUCUAGCCUUAUUGUUCAAUACAGCUACAAAACACAAGGUGCGCUGGUUAAACUGGUUUACCUUCUUUACUAGCACAAGUUCACAUAUUUAUUUCUCAAUUUAGACAAGUAAUAAUGAAGCUGGGAAACAACUGACCAGCUGCAAAUGUGGUAUACCAGUUUGACCGGAUCAGCUUCGGUUUUGGUAGCUGGUCAGAUUACGCUGGAUUUUUCAGCAUGGAGUGCUGUCCAGGUGAACAGGAUCCAGCUUUUAUUGAUGUCUUACAGUAGUAAAGGUGAGUGCAGACGUUUGCAUAGAUUUAUACUGAUGCUCCCUCGUUAUCACAUGUAACAAAAAUAAAUAUAUUUCUUUUAAAAUCACCUUUAGACACCUUACUUGCGUAAAGCCAAACGGGAUACCUUACUUUUUGAGGUAGGAAAGACGAACGCUGGCACUCCGUGCCAGUGAUAAGCAUGAGUCUAUUAUAAUAAAGGUAUAUUUUUGUCAUUUUGUUGGGGGGGUGCAAACUUUUGCACUUUACUGUAGCUUCUCUCUGCUUUACAGCCAGACCCAAAAAUAAAUAAAUAAAAUGAAAGUAUGGCUAUAGAAUAGUACUACUACACUGAUUUCGAGCCACAUGUAAGUUAAUUAUGCAACAAGAAAUGUUUUACCUUCAACAAACCAACUUUUCGUCAAAUGUUAACCAGCUAGCUAACGUAGCUAACAUAUCUAGCUAACGUUACGUGGGGGGAAAAAAAACUGUAUAAUGUACAGCAUAAAUUAUAUGUAAUUUUAUUUUUCUCUUACUUCUACUUGAUCUUGAUGACAUUGUGUCUAUUUCUCAUUCACAUACACUCUGUCAUAUUUGUGUUUUACGCUUUCCGUUAUGAAUUAUCUGCAGUGUCUAAGCAGCGAUCUCGCUUUCAGGGAGUGAUGAAAAUGUAACGGAAGCGCAUGAAGCAUCCUGUGUUUUCUGCACCGUUUCGUUUUUGGGAGUCACGUGAAGGUCGCGUGAGAGCUGGUGAGCGUUUGUUUGUUUUUUUUGUUGUUGUUUUUUUUGCAGUUUGAGAGCUUAAAUACUCAGAUUGUGCAAAAUAAAAUAAAAACGAAUAUCUUGGAAGACUGUGUUUUCAUUUAGAGAAGUCUCUUCGACAGCAUCCGAGAUAUUUUGUAAUGAGAUUCAUCGACAUGUUGAUCUAUAUUCACUUUGGUUAAUGGUUUUCGACUACUUGCUUAUAUGCACUGAUGCAGAGGAAUUUCACCACUGCUUCAUCUCUACCUUCAUCUCAAUCUUAAAAAAACAUUCAGGAACGUCGUCUGCAUGGCUAUUCUUCAAAACCUUGAGUUUCUUCUUCUUUUCUAAAUGUAAUCAGUUAUAUCUGGAAUAUCUGCUUUGGAAACCUUGGCCUUUGCGAUGUGUUCUGGGGAAGAAUAGACAUCUGUCAGCAGAUUGUCCGUAUUUCUUCUCAGGAGUUACGUCCAGGAAUUAAAGGAGUCCACUCUGAGUCCAAAGUCCACUCUGAAACACAUGAAAUACAUCUAUAUCGAAGUAUCUGUGGUGUGUUUAGUGAUUGUAGUGCUAAUUUAUUAGUAGGUGUUGUAUUCCUGUUAGAAGGUAGUGGUUCUGUGCCGCUCUCCAUCGGCGGACAUUUGUUUGUGUGAUUUUUUUAUUUAAAGAUUGAGAUGAAGGUAGAGAUGAAGCAAUAAUUAAAUUCCUCUGCAUCAGUGCAUAUAAGCAGGUAGUGGAAAACUAUUAACCCAAGUGAAAACAGACCAACACGUCGAUGAAUUUCAUUACAAAAUAACUCUCGGACGCUGUUGAAGAUCCCGUGUUAAUUAUUGCGAUGAAUAUGCGAGUCGUUAAAGGUGAAGAUUUCCUUUCGUUUCAUUUUCCUGCUUGCACACUGCGAGUUGAUUUACAACUUUAAUGUUGAAUUUUUUCCUCCCUUGCAUGCGUCAGGACGCAAGCUGUAAAGUGUGAUUACUUGUUUCAUUUGAAGAGCAUUUACUGUGUAGGUGUCGGUGUAUCAUGUGUCCGUG